CGUCAGCCUACGCUCCUCGCAGUUCUCUCAGCGCUGUCUGCAUUGCUCCCUCUCGGUUGCCACCAUGGCCAAGGACAAGCGCAAGAGCGAGGCCGGAGCUGAAGAAGUGCCAUUGAAGAAGCAGAAAGCAGUGGACGGCGAGGCUAAGCCCUCUAAGAAGGAGAAGAAGGCUAAGAAGGAGGCCGAGGAGGUGGCCGCUGCUGAGGCCCCCGCCUCGACCCCGGCCCCGGCCGAUGCCAAUGGUGCCAGCGCCAAGAAGAGCGCAAAGAAGGAGAAGAAGGCGGCCAAGGCGGCUGCUGAGGAGCCCGUUGUAGAGGAGCCCGUCCCCGCGCAGGAGGAGAAGACGGAGGAGAAGGAGGGCAAGAAGGAGAAGAAGAAGGACAAGAAGAAGGGCAAGGAGGAGCAGCAGGAGGCGGCAGCCGCGGCCGCUGCCGCUGCCACCCCCGCUCCUGCCACGGCUGCAAACGGCGAGGCAGCCAAGGAGGAUGGAGAGGAGGGCAAGAAGGAGAAGAAGCAGAAGAAGGACAAGAAGCAGCGGCGGUCGGAGGCGGCGGAGGUAGCGGAAGAGCCAGCGGCUAAGCAGGCCAAGGUGGAGGAGGAGCAGCCGGAGGCUAAGGCAGAGGAGGCCAAGCCGGAGGAGGGCGGUAAGAAGAGCAAGAAGAAGGACAAGAAGAAGGGCAAGGAGGAGCAGGCAGAGGAGAAGCAGGAGGAGGAGGCGCCGGUAGCAGCGGCGGCAGCGGCGGUGGCUAACGGGGAUGCUGACAAGGAGGAGAAGAAGAGCAAGAAGAAGGAUAAGAAGAAGGGUAAGGAGGAGGCAGUAGCAGCGGCUGAGGAGAAGAAGGAGGAGGAGGCGCCGGCGGCAGUAGCAGUGGUGGCGCCGGCUGCUGAGGCUCCUGUCAGCGGCAAGAAGGAGAAGAAGGACAAGAAACGGAAAUCGGAGGCAGCGGAGGAGCCAGCGGCCGCUGAUGGGGAGCCGCUUGCCUCUCCGAGCGCUGAGGCGGAGGAGCAGAAGGGCAACGGCACCGGUGGCAAGGCCUUCCAACGAGUGAAGGCGGAGGAGUGGCUGGGCAAGAAGGGCGCGAUAGACAACUCGUACGAGGGCACGUUCGGUCAGGGGGGCUGGGGCUUCAAGGCGCAGCAGGUUCUUGGCGCCGUGCGUGGGAAGGACUUCCGGCAUGAGAAGACCAAGAAGAAGCGCGGCUCAUACCGGGGCGGCAACAUCGACCCCAACGCAACCUUCUCCACCAAGUUUGAGUCUGACGAUGACGAGUAGAAGGGAGCUCUGACGACCCAUGGGUCAUCCUGCUCAGUCGGGUCAGAUCUGUCACUUCUUGACGUUCAAGGUCUCCCUCUUGUGCGCCCAGCCAGGCUAGAAGUUAUAUGUAAGGAUUAUACCGGCUGCGGAUUAUUCAGCAGCGCCGCUGCAACGUGGCUUCUGAGCGGAGGCGCAAAUCCAAGCCGGGCUUGUGAGGGAUUGAGCAGCAGCUUGGGGAAUCUUGGUCUGCAUGCAGAGGCCAGAUGGGGCUGUUCCGGCAGCGAGGCACGAUAGGGUCUGCGUGUUUCAGGCCGGUAGGGGGUGGCGGGUAGGCGUUGGUGAGGGGUGUUUGCAGAUGUUGCUGAAUUGGCGUACGUGCGGCUGAGGGACGGUAAUGGGGGGGUAAAGGAGCGAGCAAGCAGGCGCGGAGAGUGGGAAGGACAGCGACAAUGAGCGAUGAGAGGCAUGAGAGCGGUCUUUCGUGAUGUUGAGGUGAAACAGGCGAUGGUGGUAGCGGUGCUGCCGGGAUGGUUUCUGCCACGCACUUGAUUGGUGGCAAGUGAGGCGUAUACCUGCUUUGUAAGUGGUGACAC